GGGGCGAGUUUGCGCCCCACGAGCGGCGAGAGCAGCUAUUUUGAAAGUGACCCCCUCAUUCAGGCAGCGACUCUGCAGCUGUCAGGAAGUAUGACUGAAGAUGACGGAUUCGGUUGUCGUGGAGGGAUAUGCCAGACUCAGAGAUGGAAAAAAGUGGAAAACUAGGUGGCUCGUUCUUCGCAAGCCGUCGCCAGUAGCAGACUGUCUCGUGCUGCUGGUUUUUAAAGACAAGUCCGACAAAGCGCAGGGCAACAAGGAGAGAGCCUGUGUCACCUUGGAGGAGAUCUGCGGCCUGGAAGCAGGACAGUGGCAUGAGGGUGUGGCUUUUACUCUGGUCAUCCUCUGCCUGAACCAGACUGCUCUACUGGGUUUCGACAGCAGGGAGGCCCUGCAGGCGUGGGACGUCCGCCUACGGUACAGCCUAGGAGAGGUUCACAGAUUCAGUGUUGGAGUCUUACCCGGGACUAAGUUGGAGAGCGGACCUGCAACUCUUCAUUUGUGCAACAACUUACUGGCUCUGGCCCGGGACAUCCCUCCUGUUAUUAUUGGCCACUGGAACCUUCCAGACCUGCGCAGAUAUGGACCUGUACCCAAUGGAUUUGUGUUUGAGGGAGGAACAAGAUGUGGCUACUGGGCCGGUGUUUUUCUGCUCUCAUCUGCUGAGAGCGAGCAGAUCAGCUUUCUAUUCGACUGCAUCGUCAGAGGCAUUUCCCCCACCAGAGGCCCUUUUGGACUGCGGCCAGUUUUGCCAGAUCCUAGUGCCAGUCAGACCAAUUCGGAGGAGAAGUUGAACCACGAAGCUCAGGAGCUGGAGAAACGACUGAGUAUGCUCUCUCACAGGAGCAGCACAGCCUCGUCCGCAUACUGCCCGUCUGCUGGGGGAGACGACCGCAGCAUAUCCGGCUCUUCUGACACUUCAGACACCAGCCAGUCGGACUGCAGUAUUGGCAGCCGGCUGGCCAUUUGGACUGAACCGGCGUCCGUUCCAUCUGAAAACGUCGGCCACGUGGCCGCCAAGGUGGCACUACAGAGCAUCGAGAAGCUUUCCGUCAGCCAGGGAGCUGGAAGUCGGCCUGCACCCAAGCCCCCCCGGCAGCUUCAGGAAAUCGGCCGUCAGAGUUCAUCUGACAGCGGCAUUGCCACCGGAAGCCAUUCCUCUUACUCUGGAAGUUUCUCCUCCUACACUGGCAGCCUGGAUAUAACCCCUGGGGAGGACUUUGGGUCUGUUUUCAGCUUGCCUCCCCAUUUGGCUCAAGACCUGAGCCCUUGUACUUGCCCCACUGUUCCUGGACAUGAGUACCAGGUGCCAACAUCACUUAGGUAUCUCUAUGACACUCCUAGGAGUCUUUUACAAGAGGGAAAUGUUGGCCCCCAAGACAAUGAACCCUCUGCUCCAACUAAGGACAAUGCUGCCCCGUCAGGCCUCACAAAAGAGUCAGCAAAGGGGGAUAGAAGCAGAGUCACGACUUGUGAGGGUCACUCACAAACUACUGAAAGACAAUCAAUAAGUGAACAGUCACAGGGUCCUUCACAGGAGAGUAAAAAACACAAGGUAGCGCUCUCCAGUGAACAUCCCGACUCCUGUCACAUCUGCAGCUCUCUCACAUCAGUGUCCAAAACCAUCAUAGCCAUCUGCUUGGUGUGUGGUGGAUUUAAGGGGACAACGUGUAUCCCUGCAAGUGGUUCAGUGAUGGCUGCCAUGACAGAUCAAAGUGUUGACAAAUCAACAUCCAGACCCAGCACUGCCAUUGAAUGCAGUGUGGCAGUGAAGAGAAUUCUGGAGAAAUCCUGCGCUUCUCCUGGCUCUGAAAGCAUCCACAGGAUGAAUGAGGAUUCACCACUGCCAAAAAAAGGAAGAGAGAAAUUAGCCAGUCUCUUAGCUGAUCUGCUAGGCUUUCCAAGUGCGGAUAGGCAACCAGAAGCAAAGACAAACGGAGUGAACUUGUAUGAGUCAAUGAGCCCUGCUUUUGGAAAUGAGCUCAAAUCGGCACCAACUGGUACCCGUGUACCGUUACAAGAUUCACAGCAAGACGGAAGAGCUGUCAUUUAUGAAAACUGUUUGAAGUGUCAGAGAGAGCGCUGCCACCCUCCUCCCCGGGUCGUACCUGCUGAGAUGUAUCAUAACAGGAACAUUUCUGCUUCCCAAAACUUUGCAUCUGGGCUGCACCUGGACAAAAGCCAAGAACAUGAAGUAGCUGUUAAUGAGGAACUGCUCUAUCAAGCUCACAGUGAUGGAUCACAGAGCGAAGACGGGCAGUGUCAAUAUGAAGCGAUGAAUGGGCGCUCAGUUACCAGUGAAGACAAAAGGCUUAAUAGCAAAGAGGAAAGACGCAGAGCUGAUCCUGCUUAUGAGAUCAUGGAGAGUCGGGCACUGGAGAGGAACUCUGAGACAGAAGACAAAAGCAAGUACGAGUUAAUGGGCAGCUGUGGUCAGCAGAGGUUCCUUCAAGAGACUGAAGGGGCAGUGUUCAUUUUCCCCUCUGAGGCACCACUUCCUGAAAGGGCUUGCAGCGAAGGUGUGACAUAUGUGAAUAUUCCUGUUAGUCCCACAUCCAAGAAGCAGCUCAACUACAUGGAGCUGGAGCUGCAGGAACCAGUGCCUGGGCACCGAGGGACUGUCACACAUCUGCCAGCUCAGAGAAAGAGCUCCACCAAGUAUGCCCAGAUUGACAUCACUGCCACAGAGACGGCCCAUAAAGUUGGUACGCAGCACGCCCUGGGUCGGCAGGAGGGCCUGCACACUCUGGAACUGAGAAGAAAGGGGACGCCACAUUGACUCCGUCAUCACUGAACUGUUUAUCUCUGCAAAACGUUUCUGCCCAAGACUGGCCCACCACAGCAAACUGUACAGGUUGCAAGAAAUAUGGCUCUGAGGGUUGUUUUUUUUUUCCCAGUCCUGACUGUUCCUGAAGGAUCCUCUGAGAUUUACUGUGGGAUUCCUUCUCAGAUCUGAUCCAUCUUUUGAAUGCAGAUUUUUUUUUUUUUUUGGAAGUCUCUCAGCCAAUCUUCAUAUACCCUAAUCCCAGCAAAUGUCAUCUGCCCAAUGUCCAUUUUUUUAGAUUCAGUCAGACUUCCUUAUUCACAAAGCGACAGCAAGAUGGAGCCUCCUUGAAAAAGUUUGGCACAGGAUCAGGAUCCACAUUUCAAUCCUUGUCUCUCUUUGUGGACUCGGGCAUCUCAUUAAAUGGCAUUAUGUCAGCCUCGGGCAAACUUGGAGGAAGAUGUGCCAGUCCUGAGCUGAGUCACCAGCCCUGAUAAAAACCCCCAGAGCAGAGGCAUUUCACAGCUCACUCGGGCCAUCCUUAAUAACAUGCAGUGUGCUGUUUUUGUCCUUGUUUGGGAGACCGAGGCAGGGUGGAAGCAGAGAUGUUGUUUAUUCUCAAAAGGAGUUCACACUCACUUAUUCCUCAGUGAUCAGUAAUUCCACAUGAACAGUAGCUGAGCAAAACUCUUUUCACUAUAUUCAAAUUAAGGAAAACUUUUCAUCCAGUCUUACUCAGAAUACUGCACAUUUCAGGCUAGUUCAUUGUUAAAAGAUGUACGUUGAUAUAAGUUAGAGCAGGCUAACUAAUCGCUCUGCAUGAUACUUCCACAUUGUGCAUGGCGACUCUUGUUUGCCUAGGUGUAACUAAUGGAUUUGUGUUUAUCAUAUGAACAGAAUCUCAAUGCUGCUACUGUGUGUUUUUUCUGCUUCACAGUUUAUAUAGACUGAAAUUUACUGUGGAAAAACAGUUCAUAAAUUCAGCAAAACAGAGAGGACACACUGAUUAUCUCUGGAUUUUUUAAAAUUGCUCAUGAACAACAGAUGUCUCCAAAAUUGACUGUCUGGCACUCUUGGCCAUCAUUUUUCAAAAUUAUGUAUUUGAAUUUUUUUUUUUUUUUUUAACUUGAACUCUGAAGUGGUUAAAAUAUCAUCCUUUCAAUUAGUAUUCCUUAUUUUGUGUGCGCCUGGGCAUUUUUACCGAAACUGAAAUUAUAAAAACAUUGUUUUGGGUAGAGCUACUCAUCUUAGUCAAUAUAUUGUUUUUCUGUCAUACUCUUUAUUUUGUUAUUUGUAAAUAUAUUUUAUUUCUAUUUAGGUGAUGAGGAUUGUGUAUUCUAAAAUAUACACGUGAAAUCAUAAUGUAUGUACAGUAAGGAUGUAAUACUGUUUUUCUUGUAAAUUAUUUAUAACUAACUACUGCUUUGAUGUGUGUGCUCAGGUUUUCUAGAGCUGGAUCAUAUAUGGGACUCCCCCCCAUGUACAAUUGUAAACCAGUUUGGUACCAUAAUAUAUAAAGCAGCCUUACAAUUGAUGUUUGUUUUCAUUCAGAACUAUGAUGGAGCAUUUUAAUCUAGACUGAUAAACACUAUAAGACAGUUAGCACCAAUCACGUUAUCAAAAUAUGUGACAUUUUGAACUUUUAGGCUCUGGAGUCUGU